AAGCGUGAGCUCAGUGCAGAUGUGAUUUCAAAGGCUUUCUCUUGGCGGGUUUUCAAGUUUUCAAGUUUUCAGUUCUUCUCAUGUCACGCUUGAACUGUCAGUUUCUUCCUGGGAAUCGACAGAAUUGAAGCUCUCAACGGUCCUAUUCUAGAGACUUUGGUAAAUGCUCUCUUUCGAGUAACCACAAAAGCUACGAUGUGCAUAUCCUUGCCAUUGGCACAAUUAUCAAGCCAAUGUUGAAAUUCCCACCUGCUGAUCCCUCAUACAGUCGUCUUCUCGUCUAUCCCCCACGUCUGGAAAACAAAGUCCUCCGCUCGUUCUGAUUACAAACGCAGUUCUCUCCGAAUCCGUCAAAAUGAAUGUCUUGAAGUUCCCUUCUGAAAUUCUCAACAAAAUCCUAGUCCAUGCAAUCUAUGCACGGCGUCUAAAGCGAGGUCUGAGACUUCGACUUGUUUGCAGUAAGUUUUAUACUCAAGCAUAAUGUGCAACGGCAUAUAGCCGCUCAUUCCACCACAGAAACUUUCUCAACCGCGGUCAUCACUGCACUUUUCGAGACUCGUCUCUUCGACAUAUAUUCACCUGGACCCUUCGAAGUUCAUGGUCAAUGGCAGAGCCAAAACCGUACAUUUCUUUUUCAAAUGUUCCACUCGUAUCUUGUCUAUCGCGUAAAUAACCAGCGCAGCGGAGAAGGGAAUCGACUCUUGGAGAUGCGCGAAAUUGCGACACUCAUCGAAGAACAUUCAACCCUAAACCUGUCAUUUAUCAUCGAUAGACUGUCUUGGUUAGCAUUCAAAUACGCUUUCUCGUUUAUCGACUGUCGCAAGGAUUACUGGGAGACACGCGGAUUUGUAAAGGCAGAGGAUGGAACCCGUAAACGAAACAUUGACUUGGCACAGCCAAUACAAGGACUCAGCAUCCUGGCUGCUGCAGCUCACUUGGAUUUGUUUCCAUUGGUUUCAAAAGUGCUUAAGGAGGGUCACUCUCCUGAGCUACACAAUUACAUGUUCCCAAGCGCUCUCGAGGCUGCCGCAUGGGCUGGUAACCAUGCGAUGGCCCAGACGCUUCAGAGUCACAUCGCCAACCAGCCAGGAUUUGCUGGACUCGAUCUCAUUUCGAAAUGGAUGAAACUUACUGGAAAUCGUGUCAUGAUCGGUGCCGCAAUCCGAGGCCAUCUCGCAUUCCUCAAAUGGACAAUGCACCCUCCACCUCUAGGCUCACCAAGCGAGACAACACUCGCCGGAGAGCCAGUCGGACAGAUCCCUCGAGAGUCCAGACUUGGUUCUACUAUUUACGCAGCACAGAGAAGCACAAAAUCUGUCGAGAUCCACAAGUGUCUCCAAGGCUUCCUCAAGGAAUCACUUACUGACCUGUAUCCCGACUGGUUAUCACGAGAUUUCUGCAACCACUGCGAAUGGGGAAACAUAUCCAUGGUAGAAUACUUCCUCGACAACGGCGUAGACCCAAACUCUCCUUACCUUCGCGAUCGCGCGACAGCCCUCUGCAUCGCAGCUCAAAGCUGCCAAGAACCCGUCGUGGAUCUUCUCCUCGCCCGUGGUGCAGAUCCGAACUUCAAGGCCGAGAAAUACUCACAGUUCACAGCUCUCCCUCUCGCAGCGUCAUCAGGCAGCUUAUCCAUGGUCCGCAAGCUUCUCGAUCAUGGCGCCUAUCCUAACGAGAAGGUAAACGCCAUAAUCAGAUUGCCUGCGCUAUGGUAUGCAGUUGCCACGGAGAACGCAGCUAUGAUCGAACUUCUGGAAUCUCGUGGUGCUUCGUUCGAUGUGCCUCUGGAGGGGGAGCCGUGGAUUGGAGGGAACGCUAUGGAGAUGGUGGAGGAGCUUUUUCUGGGUUCUAUGUUUGAUUUGUUGAAGGAUAAAGGCGUUCGAAUUACGGAGAGGUUGAAUGAGACCGGGUGUGCGCCGUGGCGGAGAUGGCAUUUGGCGAACAAUCCGCCGAGAAAUAAUCCAAACUGGGACAGGCUGAAGUUAUGA